CACUGAAAAUCGAGGAGUGGUAUGUGCUUUACAGAAACUCUGGCCAUUUGCAUAAUUUAAUGAUGUCAUUUGUUUGGCACUGGCUUCUGCAGAAAGUUUCAAAACUUAAAAACAAAUUUCUUGGUGUUCCUGAACCUGAUAUUAAACCACUGGACCUUUGGUCGUCUCAGUCUCCUUUCCCAGCAUGGGCAGCUUAUUCUAAGGUGUGCCUCGCUGUGUCUGUGUUACUGUUUGUGGCUUUUACUUUUCUGUACUUUGAAAGAAAAAUUCCUCAACCGAAUGCUUUGACCACAAGGAAGAGAAGAGCAGAUACUGCUGUCUUCAGUAACACAUCUGUGUGUCAUGUAUUAUUGCAUACUUGGUUAGAAGGAUUCAUGCUGUUUCUUAUACUGUGCAUUAUUCUGACAGUGCCUUGGGAAUGGGUACGUCUGUAUCAGAUAGAAGUGGCAAGAAAGAUGGCUGUCCUGUCAGAAGGGCUGCCUUAUAAGUGUAAUGCUGAAGAAUUUGCAUUCUGGGAUGCAGUAAAAGACUGGUUUUCUUGGCAUUUUGCAUGGAAUACUGAUGUUUGUGAGAAUUAUCACCGGGCCUUAGUAGUUGACCCAUUCUGGGAAGUCACACCUUUAAUGGCUGUUUCUUCUGCUGUUGGUCGGAUAAUAAUUCAUCCAAUGGAACAGCUGAGCCAAGUUACAGGAAAAAGUUUGCGCAAUGUCAUGAAGGAGAUCCCGUCUCAAUGGCAGCCAUUGGUUUUCCUCAUGAUCCCCCUUUGUUUAGUUAUGCUUGUAACUGGCUUAUUUUUUAAGUCUAGAGCUGUUAUAAUGGCAACAGUCAAACAUACUGACCAGAAUAGUUUUGACAAAGCAUCUUGCAUCAGCCAAAGGAAAUCAAGAGCCCUGCGGAUCUAUAAAAAUACUUGA